AUGACAUCACCAACCACCACCGAAAAUGAAAUUAAACAUGCCAUGAAUAUUAUUGAAGAAAUAUCUAAUUUAGUGUACACGAUUGAACAAGGAAUUGUAAAGAUACAAGAAACAGUAGCAAUCAUUCCCGAUAUUGAAUCUUUAAAAUUUAAUAUUGAUGAAGGGUUGAAACUCUCAUCGGAAAUGAUGAAUCAAUUGGAAUUGUAUUGUGAAGAAAAGAUUAAAGAUCCAUCGGUGAAUCAUCAUUUAGAGACUUGCUAUGGACGAAUUUUGGGAAGAUUACCACAGUUGAAGAAACAAGUUUCUAAUUUAAAAGUCAAUCUUCGGAAGGCUGUUCAAAUAUACAGUAACAAGGAACAUGAAACAUCAAUCAAAAAAGGAAAAUUAUUGGGAUCAUCAACAUCGGAAGAGAGGAAGGCUUUAAAAUCAAAUCAAAGUGGAAAACAACAAUCACGACAAUCGCGAAAAAUUACUGACUCUUUGAAAAGAACAAAAGCCAUCAUUGCACAAAAUUUGGAAAGAACAUCCAAUUCAAUGGAGCAACUCUCAGAACAAUCAAGUAUAUUUCAAAAGGCUGUAAAGUCACAGGAUGAAUAUCAAGACAAGGUUAAUCAAAGCACCAAAUUAAUUAGAGAGUUGAAAUGGAAGGAAAGACGAGACCAUUUCAUUACUCUUGUGUGUUUCUUAUUUUAUGUGGUGGUGAUUUUGGUUGUGUUUAAUCACAGAAUUCCACUCAUUUCCAUAGCUUUUUAUAUCAUGAGCACAUUAUGGAGUUUAUUUUCAGGAAUAUUUCAUUCAUCCAGCAGCGCAGGCAGUACAACCAGCUCUUCUGCACCAAUAGAUAACUUUAACACAUCAACCAUUGAAAAUAUAACAAUGAGUCCUUAA